AUGUCAGAAGAAAGAGAACCCGAUCAGACUCCAUCUACGGAGGUAGCUGUAGUAGCACCCAAAAAAGUCAAAAAGAUUAUUCGCAAGAAACGUCCCGCGCGACCGCAAGUCGACUCCUCCUUCAUAACAUCCGAACCUCCACCGCAAACUGGUACAAUUUUCAACAUAUGGUACAACAAGUGGUCAGGUGGUGACCGCGAGGAUAAAUAUCUCUCUAAAACCCAUGCUAAAGGUCGUUGCAAUAUCGCCAAGGAUAGCGGCUACACACGCGCCGAUAAAGUUACAGGCUCUUACUUCUGUCUUUUCUUCGCGCGUGGCAUCUGUCCUAAAGGCCAGGAUUGCGAGUACCUACACCGACUUCCGGGCAUCCACGACCUAUUCAACCCCAACGUCGACUGCUUCGGCCGCGACAAGCAUUCCGAUUAUCGCGAUGACAUGGGUGGCGUGGGCAGCUUUAUGCGUCAAAACCGCACCAUCUACGUUGGAAGGAUACACGUUACUGACGAUAUCGAGGAGAUUGUUGCUCGCCACUUCGCCGAAUGGGGCCAGGUCGAACGUAUACGCGUAUUGAACACCCGCGGCGUGGCUUUUAUAACAUAUACCAACGAAGCCAAUGCCCAAUUUGCAAAGGAGGCAAUGGCACACCAAUCUCUAGACCACGAGGAGAUUUUAAACGUGCGGUGGGCUACAUCAGACCCAAAUCCCAUGGCGCAGGCAAGAGAGGCGAGACGCAUCGAGGAACAGGCUGCCGAAGCUAUUCGAAGAGCGUUGCCGGAGGCGUUCGUGGCCGAGAUCGAAGGUCGGGACCCUGAGGCAAGGAAACGGCGGAAGAUCGAGAGUAGCUUUGGCUUAGAAGGAUACGAGGCACCCGACGAUGUGUACUUCGCCCGUGGCGUGCAGGCAGUUAAUCCAGCGGGCAGACAAGGUUACGAACUUGAGCAAGAGCAAAGAUUAAUGUUAGAAAAUGGCGAAGCUGGUGGUGGCAUUGAGGCUAUAAUCGGGGAACGACAACAGCCCGCAGAACAGGAAGGAGGAAUCUUCUCAAACAGCACAUUAGCAGCCCUAAAGACAUCGAAUGUCUCCACGGCCCCGAAAGCUAAGGCAGUAGCAUCGUCGGGACCGUUAGUAGCAUAUGGAAGCGAUAGCGAAGACGACGAAUAA